AUGAAGAAAGCAGGUUCUUCCUCCAAAGCAUCCAAGAAAGUAACGUGGGCACCGAACUACGUAACCUUCAAACAAAGAGAGCAAAGUCGUUCUCCAUCACCACCAGCACAAAAACUCCCCAUCCUUGGAGAUCUCCUCAGCUGGCUCACCUACACGCAACCAGAACCAGAGACUGGACUUAAGAAAGAAAAAGGAAGCGUCACUCUCAUGUGGCUCAUCGGCGAGCUACGACCUGAAAAUGCGGACAUACCACCACAAUUUAGUUUCCGUUUCGAAACGGAUGAGAGUCUCACUGUUAUUAUCAUAGGUGGACAAUUCGAGAAAGUAUGUCCACGUUCUCGAAUCGAGUUCAAGAAAGUGCCUGAACCUGGCGAAGACGGACUGGCUCGUUACGAACUUGAGGAUGCGGAGGUGAAUACCGAAAUGUCUGAUGUGGUGUUGAGGUUUCCUCGUGAGGCUAGGGCUUUAAAGGGGGCCAAUCAACUUGUUUCGAAUCCGAUAGUUGAGCUGACGGUCUUUGUUGAUCCGGAAUAUCCCGAUGAUCCGAAAAAGUGGUAUAUUUCGGGUGAGCUGGUAGCUUGUGAUAAUGCCCCGCUUGAGGAUGGGAUGAGGACGGACUCGGUGCAUAAGAUUUUCAAGAUUGACCAGCUUGUUGAUGCGCGUCUUGAGAGGAGUUUUAAGCGACUUUCGAGAUCUUGA